AUGAACCUGGUGAAAUUCACACAGUACUUUAACUUACACCUGCAUGACUAUAUUCUUAACUCCCUCCGUGCAGCUGCUCGUGGCCUCAGUGAUGAACAGAAAGCGUUUCAGAAGAUGACCUUUGACUUCGCAGCAAAUGAAAGGUUUCCACACAUGGCUGAUUGGGAUGAAAAGGAAAUCUUCCCGGUGGAAACCAUGGGUAAGGCUGCCCAGCUGGGUUUUGGGGGGGGAUCUAUGGACAGCCGGAGGUGGGGGGGAUCUGGCCUGUCUCGUCUGGACACCUCGCUCAUCUUUGAGACCUUAUCGACAGGCUGUGUUAGCACCACAGCCUACCUCAGCAUUCACAACAUGUGUAACUGGAUGAUUGACACCUUUGGCAACACUGAGCAGAGGGAGAAGUACUGCCCUGAGCUUUGUACGAUGGACAAGUUUGCCUCUUAUUGUCUCACUGAGCCAGGCAGUGGCAGUGAUGCUGCUUCGUUACUCACUAAUGCAAAGUUGGAAGGAGACCAUUAUGUCCUCAAUGGGUCCAAGGCCUUCAUCAGUGGAGGAGGAGACACAUACAUAGUAAUGUGUCGGACAAGAGGGAAAGGUCCUAAGGGGAUCUCCUGUGUGGUGGUGGAGAAAGACACUCCAGGAAUCAGCUUUAGUAACAAGGAGAAGAAGGUGGGAUGGAACUCUCAGCCAACCAGAGCAGUGAUCUUAGAGGACACAUGUGUGAGUGUUGAUGAGGACAAGACUGGAGAUCAUGCUGAUUGA